GACAAUGUCGCGAAAUUCGGUCUCCGAGUUUUUGAGCAGACAAGCUUUUCACAGGAUGCAUCUUUUGCAAGGCCGAGGAUGCGCGGUCACUUGCUCGUAGCGACAGUGAAAAUUACAUGACUUCUACUCCGCGCCAUCGAUUGAUCUGGCGACAUCAUGCAAGCCCAUCCUCGUCUGAGGGAGCUAAUACGCCAACGCGCUUGCCGCAAGACCGAGUGUUCUUUCAGCCGCACGUGCCGAGACUCAUGGCUCCUCCUGCAGAUGGACGGCUGCCAAAUUCGAAUGGUGCGAGCAGCAAACGUGUAAAGUUGCAGCGCUUCUACGAUGGUGGAAAGGGCUCCACUUCAAAUGCGCACCGACACGAUUUUCUCGAGGGUCCCUUUGCACACGAUCUCCGUCCGGAGACACCGCCCAGGCUGUAUAGCACAUCUACUUCAACCCACAGCUCUCCUGGGUCAUUUCACACCACCCCGAACCGACACUCGUUAUCCAAACGAGAUGCUGUUGAGUCGGAGAUAAAUCGGAGGUCCCCGCUCAAGGGCUGCCUGAAGUGUUUCGGCAGGGUGGACAUUGCGGUCGGAGAGCCCAGAAGAAUUCGUAGUUCUCAGCCCACGGUAUAUGAUCCCCCAAGGCGCGCCACUUUCCAAGGUCCGCGCGACCCUUCCUUGUGGGGCUCGCACGAUAUUGGCCCAAUAGCAAUGCAUCGACUGCGGGCCAGCAGACGACGCAUAGACGUCCAGCCUUCUUCGGUGCAGCAGACAAACGAGCAUGAAUUGCUGUCAGCAGCGAGGCAUUCAGAUGCCUCCCGAAACGGAAGCGGGCUGACGACUUUAGGUCAUCACUCGCGCCGCAUUAGAACCACAACCGAGACUGUCUCUAACUCUCCUGGAUCUGAUUAUUUGGUCUCGAAACACCCAUCAGCGAAAGUCUCGCCCUCCUCUCCUCCUUCCGCACCUUUUUCACCGCUCAGCUUCGGUGAGCUGUCGGGAGGUAGGGACCACUUCAGAAACAGGCCGACGCCUUGGGAUUCGAGACCCGAAUCUCCUCCGUCAUCGUUCACACCCGACGAGGUCAGAUGGUUGACGCCUACACGAUCCAGAUCCGAGCCAGAUCUGACGAACCUCUUGAGUCCCGAGUGGGGUAGUAGAGUGCCUGAAGGCACAAAGCGACUUUUGUCGCCUUUGAAUCGAGCAGACCCGAACAGUCCACGGAGCGGUGUGCCGCACAUCCACAAACGUCAAUUUGUAUUUGCGCCAUCCUCGACUACGGGUGAGAAAGUGCAACGUGGCUCUGAUCCAGAUCACGUCCCUCUGAAUCGGAGGCAUGAUGAUGCGACAGCACCAUUGGAGCCUCGCGGCCCUCCCGAUGCCGUCGUGAGUCUCGGUCGCGAAGAGAUUGGCACGCGCUCGAAGAACGCACCGCCGUGUUGCGAGUAAGCUCAAGCAGACCUCGCUUUCAUUCAGCUUGUGGAUGACAUCCUUGAUGUUGCGGGAAUCGCGGCGCGCAAAAAGCCGCCACACGUUGCAGACAGGUUCAAAAAGCUCAGACGAACGGUCAGCGGCUGCUUUGGAGGCAGUUGUGGUAGUCCAGAGAGCACUGCAAC